GAGCUAGAUGGUAACAUGACCUUGACGGCAAAUGAACCGUUAAACUUCCGACCUGGCAACAUUCGUGUGCUGAAAAACUGUCUGCUGUUUCUCAGCAAAAUGGCUGAAAAUUUGAAAAUCCUUGUAGCGGGUGACGUAGAGGGGCAAUACGAUGUCUUGUUCAAUCGAGUCCGAACAAUUAAUAAAAAAUCAGGCCCGUUUGACAUGCUGCUAUGUGUAGGUGACUUUUUUAGCAGUGAUCCUGCUGCAGACACUCAACUAGAAUCAUAUAAAAUAGCAGAGAAGCAGGUUCCCAUUCCAACAUUUAUUUUGGGACCUUCUAAACAAGAACAUUGUCGCUAUCUUCAAGAUUUGAAGGGAUGUGAAGUUUGCACAAAUUUAACUUACUUAGGUGAUCAUGGUGUGUUCACUGGAAGUAGUGGCCUAAAGAUGGUGUAUGUUAGCGGCAAAGAGAAACUUCUCACUACGCCAACUGAAAAUGGUUUUACAAUGGAGGCCAUUAAAUCAAUUGAAGUUCAAGUUGGGAACAGCUCUGCGGGGGUAGACAUAUUGCUCACAUCACAGUGGCCGAAAGGUGUUGAAAAUUUGGCAGCCCCAUUGGAUUGCGGGAAUAGUGAAAAGUUCGGAUCUUCUUUAAUUUCACGAUUGACGCAAAAGAUUAAACCUAGGUACCACUUUGCAGGAAUGGAAGGAGUACAUUACGAACGGUUACCCUAUAGAAACCACGAAGUUUUGCAAGAAAAGACUCUACAUGUUACUCGAUUUAUUGCAUUGGGCAAAGUCGGCAAUGUAAAGAAGCUCAAAUGGAUCUAUGCAUUUAAUAUAGCCCCAAUGGCUAAAAUGUCAGCAUUAAAACUUAAUGAACAACCGGCCAAUACAACCCCUUGUCCAUACCUUAACACGCUGGAAGAGGAAGAAGCGGAGACUCGAAAGGAAGCGCUAGGAAAUCAAUAUUUCUAUGAUGUCAGUGCCGAUGUCAUGUCUGGAAAUACCAGGGGUAACAAACGCAGACAAAACAAUCAAGGUCGGCCUCCACGACCACCGCCUAAACCAAUGGGUCCUUGCUGGUUUUGCUUGUCAAGCCCCGAAGUAGAAAAACAUCUGGUGAUCAGUGUGGGCGAACAUUGCUACGUAGCUAUGCCUAAGGGUCCGUUGGUACCUGAACACGUUCUAAUUUUACCGAUUGGGCAUUAUCAAAGCAUUAUAGAAUUGCCAGAAGAAGUCCUCGAAGAAGUCGAAAAAUUUAAAGUGGCCAUCCAGAAAGCUUUAAAAGCGAAGGGUAAAAGCGUGGUCUUCUUCGAAAGAAGCUUCAAAUCUCCUCAUUUGCAAAUCCAAUGCAUUGCCGUACCGAGUGAAAAAGAAGAUCUCGUUAAAGAAGUUUUUGUUGAAAUGGCUGCAAUGCAGUCUAUCAAUUUGGACGAGCUACCGCCUCACGCAGAACUUCGCCAGGUUGUACCUGCUGGCAAACCGUACUUCUUCCUGGAGCUACCGAAGAAAGAGCGUUUUGUCUGCUACAUACAAGGCCGAUUUCCUUUGCAAUUCGGUCGUGAAGUACUUGCAAACAAUGAUUUACUCAACUGUGUCGAUCGGGUAGAUUGGAAAAAUUGCCCAUCCUCAAAAGAUCAGGAGGUUAAAGAAACAGCACGUUUUCGACAGCUGUUUCAACCCUUUGAUUUUACUUUGUAAUCCCUUUUACUUUUAUGGUAAAUG